CCACUCAGGCGGUCCCACAGAAACCUCCCAGAAACGCGCAUCUGACUGCAACUUGUUGACGUCUCUCUGAUCUCAGUGCGGAUCCCACCGGCACCGGGGAGCGCGUGCGUCUCACCGGGGGGGCUUCAACUGCCGCUGGGGAGCGGGUCACCGCGAGCUGCGUCCUGGCGCACGAGACGCGGGUCCGGCGGGGCGGCACUUUCCACACUUCUAACACGCUUCCGUGAUCGUUCCUCGAGGAAAAACGCCUCUCCUGUAACGUUCGCGUCCCCCCGACGCCCUCGUGAAGUCGCCCCGGGAUCAAAAACAAACCGAACCCGAGUUGCUGAAGUUGGAACAGAUGAGACCACGGCUUUAAACGCUGCUCGUUGGACUAAGCUUCUGUCGAGCACACGCUGCGCUGCGCAGCAGAAACGUCUUCUCGCGCUGUCGACCGGUGCUGGAAACCGCCUCGCUCGCGGUGGAGGUGCGUAAAGGGACUCCGCCGCCGGGAUAACGCGCCUGUGUGUCGGGCUGAGCAAAAAUAAAGCGGAGGGAAACCACGGACGAGGAAAACACGGAUGAAGAUGCUGCGGAGGAAGCUUGAUGAAAACCCAGCAAAGAUGACGACAUGCUGGCGUGGACGUCUACAUAAGCCGCCACUUGGAUAUUGAUUGGGAGGCGACGAGCCGACGUGUAGCUGUCGUCCUCCUGAGUGAACAGGACGCCCCAUUAAAUCCACCAGAGCAUUUGACAGGGACGGUAUGAGGGCCUUGGUGUCAGCUGUGGAGGCUGGAGAUGACAUAAGAGAGAAAGUGGAGCGCGUCUGAAUACAAACUAGGAGCUCCAUCAUUGCAGAGAAUCCAUAUUAGAGAUGUACAAUGGAUGAAUGAGACGACCAGUGAGGGACGAUGAGCGGAGGAUGAGGAGCGGCCAUUUGUGUUUUCCCAGCGGCGCGUCCCAACGCCUCCGUCUCGCGAGGCCGGUCUGAUCCCGGGCGACCGGCGCGGCGGCGAGAUGGCGCUGGACAACAGCUCGCUGCACUACCUCGCCUACGGCAACGCCACGGAGGCGCCCAACGGCACGGCGGCGCCGCCCUGGAGCCGGGCCGCGCUCCUCGGCCUGCAGGUGUCCCUGUCGGCGCUGCUGGCCGCCGUCACCCUGGCGACGGUGCUCUCCAACGCCUUCGUCAUCGCCACCAUCUUCCUGACCCGGAAGCUGCACACGCCGGCCAACUUCCUCAUCGGCUCGCUCGCCGUCACCGACCUGCUCGUGUCCAUCCUGGUGAUGCCCAUCAGCAUCGUCUACACCGUCAGCAAGACGUGGUCGCUGGGGCAGAUCGUCUGCGACGUCUGGCUCUCGUCCGACAUCACCUUCUGCACCGCCUCCAUCCUGCACCUGUGCGUGAUCGCGCUGGACCGCUACUGGGCCAUCACGGACGCGCUGGGCUACUCCAAGCGCCGCACCAUGCGCCGGGCCGGGGUCAUGGUCGGCGUGGUGUGGGUCAUCUCCAUAUCCAUCUCCAUGCCGCCGCUUUUCUGGCGGCAGGCGAAGGCUCACGAGGAGCUGACGGCGUGCAUGGUGAAUACAGACCAGAUCUCGUACACCCUCUACUCCACCUUCGGCGCCUUCUACGUUCCCACGGUGCUUCUCAUCAUCCUCUAUGGGCGGAUUUACGUGGCCGCCCGCUCCCGCAUCUUCAAGACGCCGUCGUCCUCCGGGAAGCGCUUCACCACAGCGCAGCUCAUCCAGACCUCCGCCGGCUCCUCGCUCUGUUCCCUUAACUCCGCCUCCAACCAGGAAGUGCACCUCCACUCUGGCGGCGGCUCGCCGCUCUUCGUGAACAGCGUGAAGGUGAAGCUGGCCGACAGCGUGCUGGAGCGGAAGCGGCUGUGCGCGGCGCGCGAGAGGAAGGCCACCAAGACGCUGGGCAUCAUCCUGGGCGCCUUCAUCGUCUGCUGGCUGCCGUUCUUCGUGGGCACGCUGGUCAUGGCCAUAUGCAAAACGUGCUGGUUCGACCCGGUGCUGUUCGACGUGUUCACCUGGCUGGGCUACCUGAACUCGCUCAUCAACCCCGUGAUCUACACCGUGUUCAACGACGAGUUCAAGCAGGCGUUCCAGAAACUCAUGAAACUCAGACGAUGCUCGUGAAAAAACGGUGGAUUAAAAUGGACUGAAAACACAGAAAAUAACAAUAGUAGUAAUAAUAAUAAUCAUAUUAAAGAUGAUUAUCGUACUUUAAGUGUUCCAUCAUGUAAACACAUGCUGUAAACCUUCUUUUUCUACAUUAAACUGCUCUGUGCCAUAGCUCCUUAGAUAACUGCAGUAUAUCCAUCAGACUAGACGGUUGCAUGCAUGUGAAAGGAAAAAACUCCACAAAUGACUCAAAUACAACAAAAAGGUUCAAGCCAGUUUCAUUUCAUUGGGACCUUGUUAAUAUUUGUCCCAGCAAACGCUGAAACAUGAAUUGGUGUAAGUGCUGUUUGUAAUUGUGUGGAUCAGACUCGGCGAGUGGAGUUAAUCCGCCGGAGAUGAAAAGCCAUGAAAUCCAUGUUGUCAGAAUCUGUGUCCUGCUGUGUUCUCCUGAUUCUGUGAGUCUCUGUGUCGCAGUGAAGUAGUAAAAACUACAAACUCCACAUAUUCAUGAAA